UGCAGAGACUUAAGCUUUAACGAGUUAUGGGGAGAGAUUCCAAAGUCACUUUUCAAGUUGAAUUCGCUAAGAUACUUGUUUCUUGGAAAUAACAAGUUAACUGGUACGCUACCUUUAGAAAAGCCUGGUUAUCUUCUUAGCAUAGACUUAUCAUACAAUGGUUUAUCGGGUAGCUUUCCUGACUGGGUCGAUGAGGAUUCAGCCAAGCGUUUAAAUUUAGUUGCCAACAACUUCACGUUUGGAACAUCAAAUACUGGCCAUUUCCCUACGGGUUUGAACUGUCUUCGACGAGAAUUUUCUUGUAAUCAAGCUUCUGGACUCUAUUCUAGUUUUGGGAUCAACUGUGGGGGUCCAAAAUUUGUGAGUUCCUCUCAGGUUGUGUAUGAAAGGGAAAUUGAGAUUGAUGGUAUGGCUUCAUACUAUGUUAGUGACUCAGAAACCUGGGCUAUUAGUGAUGUUGGAUACUUUCCUGAGAGCAACAGAAACUCUAGUCAAUAUAACAGAUACAAUGACACGGAACAUCCAAUUGCAAAUACAAAUGAUCCAGACCUUUUUCAGACACAAGAAUUAUCUACUUCGUCGUUAAGAUUUUAUGGUCUAGAGCUUAAAAAUGGGAACUACACUGUGAAGCUUCACUUCGCAGAACAUGCUUUCGCAGAUUCAUCUACAUGGAGCAGCCUUGGGAGGCGUGUCUUUGAUAUAAAUAUUCAGGGGAACCGGGUUUUCAAAGAUUUUAAUAUUCAAAAUGAGGCAGGUGGGUCUUUUCGUGCUGUUACAAAGAUAUUUAAGGCACAAGUUUCAGAAAACUACAUGGAAAUUCAUCUUUUUUGGGCUGGGAAAGGUACUUGCUGCAUACCUGACGAAGGUACUUAUGGACCUUCCAUUUCAGGAAUCAGUGCAAGUCUAGAUUCUGAACCUGUAAAUAAUGUGAAGAAUGGAACCAAUGAAAUAAAGGGGACUGGUAGUCACAAGAAUGAAGCCAGUCUAAUAGUGGGGAUUGUUGUUGGUGUAGGAUUUGUUUGCUUUCUAGUUGUCACAAUUUUCAUUCUUUUUCAAAGAAGGAAAGGACGCUCCUUGGAAGAUGAAGAGCUCUUUGGAAUUGAUGAAAGACCGCAUACUUUUAGUUAUUCUGAACUCAGGAAUGCUACAGAGGAUUUUAGUUCAUCCAACAAACUCGGAGAAGGAGGUUUUGGACCGGUUACCAAGGGAAUUCUAAAUGAUGGAAGAGUAAUCGCUGUAAAGCAACUUUCAAUAAAAUCUGACCAAGGAAGAAACCAGUUUUUGGCUGAGAUUUCUACAAUAUCUGCCGUGCAACAUCGCAACCUUGUGAAGUUGUAUGGUUGUUGCAUUGAGGGUCAAAAACGUCUCCUUGUUUAUGAGUACCUGGAGAAAAAGAGUCUCGACCAAGCAUUAUUUGGAAAACGAACUUUCGUUCUUGAUUGGCCAAAACGAUUUGAUAUAUGCAUGGGUGUCGCGAGAGGCCUAACUUAUCUUCAUGAGGAAUCGAGACUUCGAAUUGUUCAUAGAGAUAUUAAAGCCAGUAACAUUCUACUUGAUGCUGAUCUCAACCCCAAAAUUUCAGAUUUUGGGUUAGCGAAGCUUUAUGAUGACAAAAAGACUCAUAUGAGCACCCUUGUUGCUGGAACAAUUGGAUAUCUUGCACCUGAGUAUGCCAUGCGUGGGCAUCUAACUGAGAAGGCUGAUGUCUUUAGUUUUGGUGUUGUGGCUCUUGAAAUUGUUAGCGGUAGGCCAAAUUCGGCCCCAGGCUUGGAGGAGGACAGAGUUUUUCUACUUGAAUGGGUAAGAAUGCUAUAUCUUUUUCCCUUCUUUCCAUCAGAAGCUUCCAUGAAAAUAAAGGUGCACAACCCUCUUACGAAAACACUUGUUUGAAAAAGUUUAUAUCUC